AAAAUGGAAGAAACAAACCAGUCUGUGGUGUCUGAAUUCAUUUUUCAGGGACUUUGUACCUCAAGGGAACUGCAGAUUUUUCUCCUGUUGCCGUUUUCCACCCUCUACCUGAUGAUUGUGGUAGGCAACCUCUUUGUGGUGAUAUUAAUCAUCAUUGAUCACCAUUUCCAUUCUCCUAUGUAUUAUUUGUUAGCCAAUCUCUCAUUUAUUGACUUCUGCCUUUCCUCAGUUACUACCCCCAAAAUGAUCACAGACCUUAUACAAGAAAAUAAAACCAUUUCCUUUGGAGGCUGCAUGAGCCAGAUCCUCUGUGUGCAUUUCUUUGCAGGGGGUGAGAUGGUUCUUCUUGUGACAAUGGCCUAUGACCGCUAUGUGGCCAUCUGCAGGCCACUCCACUAUACCAGCAUCAUGGACAGACAGAAGUGCAUCUGGCUGGUUGUGAUAUCGUGGAUCAUUGGAUUUGUGCAUGGCAUUAAUCAGCUGAUCCUGGUUUUAGAACUACCUUUUUGUGGACCUAGAGUUAUAGACAGCUUUUUCUGUGAUAUUUCGUUGGCGAUGCAAUUAGCCUGCAUGAAUACUGAUACUCUGGGAAUCAUAAUAAAUGCUGAGAGUGGUGUUUUAGCAGUAACUUGUUUAAUUCUUUUGCUGAUAUCUUACACUUACAUUCUACUAACUAUUCAGCUUCACUCUAAAGAUGGUUCAUCAAAGGCACUCUCUACCUGCACCUCUCAUAUCAUAGUGGUUGUGCUAUUCUACGGUCCUGUCAUUUUCAUCUAUCUGUGGCCAGUUAGCAUCACUCGGGUGGAUAAGAUUCUCUCUGUGUUUAAUACAGUCAUCACACCUCUCCUGAAUCCAGUCAUCUAUACACUGAGAAAUAGAGAUAUUAAGAAUGCCGUAAAGAAGCUGAUAAAUCACAUGUAA